AUGGGAAAACAUCCGAAGAAAGCAUCCAAGCAAACACCUUUGUUUGAUAUAAGACUCCACUCAACAGACAAAGAUGUUGUUGUUCUCAAGGGGGUGGAAGAAGAUGCACCAUCUGUGCUUCUUUCAGGAGUGAUCGCCUUAUCUGUUGUUGAGCCAAUUACAAUAAAAAAGUUGCAGUUGAAAUUAUGGGCCACUCUCAAGCUCAACUGGGACGAACGAUACCAAACAGCGAAGUCUUCUUACACUCGACCAUACAAGUACUCUAAGAUUUUGUAUGAGUUUGACUGGGAUCCAUUAAAUCUGCAUGACUUUCUCAACAAUAACCACACUUCAAGUCCGUUGAGUUCUUCGUUCAAUAGUCAUUACUCAGACGGUUCACAUCAAAAUAUGGGAUGCACAUCGCCAGGGUUUGCCUCAGGAACGAUCCUGAGAUCAAACAACUCUUCUUCGAACUCUUUGAAAAUGCUCAACGCACACUCAAAAUCUUCCACCAAUCUCAACAAAAAUAAAUCCCUAACGAAUAUGAGUUCCUUAUCUUUCACGCCGGCUAAUAAGAACGAGCCAGUUGUGUUACAACAAGGAAAUUAUGAGUUCCCUUUCCAAACGAUUUUGGAUGGAUCGAUUCCCGAAUCUAUCGAAGGACUACCGGGAUGUACAUUGACUUAUAAGAUCCAAUCUACCAUUGAACGUGGUCGCUUCAGCAAUCCGAUUGUUACUAGGAGACAUAUCCAUGUUGUCAGAACGUUCACAACAGACGCUCCUGAACUUGUCGAGACUGUCGCAGUUGAGAAUACAUGGCCAAAUAAAGUUGACUACUCCAUAAGUGUUCCAGCAAGAGCCAUUGCAAUCGGAUCGACUUGCCCAAUAGAUAUGACUUUGGUUCCACUUGCCAAAGGCUUGAGACUAGGUUCUAUUAAAAUCAGUUUGAACGAGAAUUUUAGUUUCUCAACGACAUACGCCAAUCAUUUGGAUGAAAGAACAGUUUUGACAAAAACAGUCCCGAAAUUAACUACGGAUCAAAAUGGAAAGGACAUAUGGACCGAGUCCGAAAUGGACGAGAACGGUGUGUUUUUCAGAAAUGAGGAGAUUUCGUUGGCUCAAGAUAAAUGGGAGAUUAGAACUUCCGUCAAUUUGCCCGCCUCAUUGUCUAAAAUGACUCAAGAUUGUUCGAUUUCGCAUUAUGUUCGAGUUAUUCACAAAUUGAGAUUUGUUGUUGGGUUGAUCAACACUGAUGGCCAUGUGUCUGAAUUGAGAGCAACACUACCGAUCACAUUAUUCAUCAGUCCUUUCGUGCCUGUUAAGGCCAAGAGACGUCCUGAUCUGGACGAUGAUCUCGCAUCAUCAAAUGUCGAAGACGCAACCAUUCGUUACAAAGGAGACGAUAUACUAUUCGAACACGAUGGAGCUCCAUUUGCUGGGUUCUCGACCGGAUCCACCCCUGGAUCAACCGUUCUUUCAACAUCCGCUCCUGUUCCCGCUUAUAAUUUCAACGCUCAAGAGUUGAUGGCUCCUCCUAACUAUGAGAACCGUGUCUAUGAUCGCCUGUGGAAUGAUACUGGCUCACGUACAAGUACCCCUGGAUUCUCGCCGCCAACCACACCCCAACCACUUCCGGAGUCUGAUCCACAAUCUUCCAACUCGUCAGCUGCUGCUCUCUCAACAGGCAGGGGUGAGACUUUGGGAGAGUUCAAUAUGAUUCCAAGUGAGAGUGGUUUCAGCAACCACUUGUUUGCAAGCUUGAGCCAGAUUCAGACUCCAAGGGAGGGUGAGGGAAGACAAACGCCAGGUACUGCGCCUCGAGGAAGACCUGUGUUCAACUUGACUGAUGAAGGAACUGACUAUUUCUCCUACAAUUCACAAGCGGCUCAUGAUGACAGCACAAUUGCCGGACCAUCAUUUUCGGGUGGUGCCAUUCAACAGCCGCUGGCUACUCCGGGGAUUGCCAUACAGAGUCACCCUGUUGGGUCGGGGAUUCUUUCUCCAGUGCAACAUCUGUCGAGAGUGAACUCUUUUACAGAAGGUUCACGUCCUUUGGAUUCACCACACGGAGAAGAGAUAAAAUGGGACGGAAACCUGCUUUCGCGGGUACCAUCUUACGAGACUGCGGUCAAAUCGGAAGUCAAUGCGGACGACUUAACACCGGCCUACGAACCUUCCGAGUAUGGAUCUUCGAUAAAUUUGGAUUUGUUGGACUCUCGUCUGAGAAACGUUCGUUUGGCAGAAGGUACAACUCAUCAGACAUCAUCCAGCAGUUUGCCUGCCCACCCGAAAUUAUCGAGAAGCAACACAUCGUCGUCAGUUCUUCUUCACCUGGGUCGACACAAAGACCACAAACAUUUGACCGCCGAGCUAGCUAAAAGCAGAGCUUCUUCGAAGAAUCCUUCGCCAGGUACUUCGAGAACACAGUCAUUUGCAAAUUUAUCAUCCUCUAGACAAGGACCACCUAUGGGAUCGGGUCACACAUCGCCUUCUUCAUCAAAUGGUUUAUCUCCUCCUAAACUUGCGCACCAUCAUUCUGGUUCAACUUCUGCGCUUUAUGGAUCUGGAUCGUCAAACCCGCCUUCAUCUGCACACGAUAGUGCACCAUCAUUUGUGACUGCAUUAAAGCGUCCCGAGUUGGUCACAUCAAGAUCGUCGUCCAGCUUCCACUUAAACAUGUCCAAGAAAAAUGCAUCACUGGGAAGUCUUAACUUUUUGCAUAAAAAGAAGUCAACAAAAUGA